UCUACAUAAAACACCCAAUUAUUCUAGCAGUUUGUUGAAUUGCCGUAGCUUUGUCAAGUUAAAAUUCAACUAGGACACCCCAGGAAAGACCAGAAGACCAAGUAUUCAGAGAAUUCAUUUCAGCAAAUCAUCCUUCAGCAAAUUAAGCUUCAAAAUCAAACCAAGUGAGAGAAAGGGACUAAAGAGGUGAGCAGCCCACUUUCAGUAGGCUUCUUCCCACGCUGUCUGAAUGCCUCAGCAAAGAGGAGGAGCUCUCUCCAGGAGAGCUGCGGGCGUCUGGAUUUUGGUCAUGGCCCUCACAGCUGCCCUGGCUGAUUUCAACAAUAAAGGAAACUCUGAACCCUGUGAACCUCAAGGUCCCCCAGGCCCUCCAGGCAUCCCAGGCUUUCCAGGCCCUCCAGGACCACCUGGUCCAAUAGGACCUCCAGGUUUACCAGGAAUGCAUGGAUUACAAGGUCCUCCUGGAGACGUUGAGAAGUGUCCAUCGCCACCAAAGUCUGCCUUUGCUGUGAAGCUGAGUGAGCGUCCCCCAGAGCCCUUCCAGCCCAUUGUAUUCAAAGAGUCUCUGUAUAAUCAGGAAGGCCACUAUAACAUGACCACGGGACAGUUCAGCUGCACCAACCCUGGUGUGUACAAUUUUGGCUUUGACAUCGGACUGUUUCAGAGUUCUGUGAAGAUAAGUCUCAUGAAGAAUGGUAUCCAGAUCAGAGAGAAACAAGCCCAAGCCAAUGACGGCUACAGAUAUGCAACGGGGACUGUCAUUGUGGCCCUGGAGAAGGGGGACAAAGUCUGGCUGGAAUCCAAGCUGAGUGGAACAGAAUCUGAAAAAGGAAUCACUCAGAUGGUGUUCUUUGGGUAUUUGCUUUAUAGAAAUUAAGUUGGCUUGAGCUCCUCCAUCCCUCUUGUCAGUCCUAUUUCACACACUGCUCAUCAUGGAAUGAGGGAAAGUCUAUAAAAACUCAAAAGUUCUCAGUUGAAAAAAUAAAAUUUAACACACAUCCAAGAAAUGUGGAAAUGAUAAAUAUAGUUUGCAAAUAGCAUGAUCUCCACCACUAUAGCAGACCCUGAUGGGGUGGGGGGGGGUCUUUCAAGAAGUCAGAGAAAAGGAUGUAGGAGCCCAGUGAAUGGAUUAUGGGGAAGAAGUUCCCACAGACUCUUCCAGAAGCAAGAGCCUUGCUCUGUCCCAGCUCCUUGCUCUCCCCAGGUUUACUAAGGAUUAGCCAGUGAAAUGAGUUUCCCUGCAGACCUGGGAAAGUCCUUUGAACUCUAACAAAAAUGUGAAUGCUUAACAUCAGUUCCUUCCCUGGGAGGAUAUUUUGAUGGAUGGAUGGGAAGAGGACUKCGAGUAUGGUUAGAGGAGGGUGUGUACCAUCGCUUACUGUCAAGGACUGGAUUGUGCACCCCCCCUCCAAAUCCCUGUGCAGAAGCCCCAGCCCCUAAGGCUAACUGUAUCUGGAUGUAAGGUCUCGGGAAGAUUAAGGUUAAAUGAGGUCAUAAGAAUGAGGCCCUGUGUUAGUCAGCUUUUCAUUAUCGUGAUCUAAACACCCAACAAGAACAACUCGGGGGAGGGAUGAUUUAUCUUGGCUCGUGGUUUCAGAGGAUUUAGUCAGUGGUUACUGACUCUGAGGCAGACACAUCAUGGAAGAACAUAGAGCAGAGAAAGCUGUCAGCUCAUGGCAGCUGGGAAACAGAGAGAGAAAGAAAGGGACUGGGAAGAAGAUAAACCCUGGAAGGGGACCCCUACCCCACCACCCCAGUGAUCUACUUCCUCAACUAGACCCCACCUCCCCGUAGUCCAUUCAGCUUUCCGUGUUGGCCGAUGACAUCAGAGUUCGCACAACCCUGUCAUUGUCUAAAGGCCCCAGCUCUGGACCUUGCUGUGUUCAAGGCCAGGCUUCCAAUGCAUGAGCUUAUGGGGACAUGCCAGAUUCAAAGUGGCCUUAUAAAAAGAAGACUUGGGUGGACACAACAAGAAGGAAGCCAUCAUCAAGCCAGAAGGAAAGACUUCCCCAAGAACCAAAUUGAUCAGCACCUGAAUCUUGG